AUGCGGGUGUUGUAUCUGAAACACUCCUUUCCUGGGAGCUUUCUUGAGUCUAAUGGAGCACCACCGACAGUAUUAGUCUUCCUUUUGCUUCCGUGUUGCUUGACUGAGGAUUUUAGAGCGCCCCCACUUAUCCCUAAUGUGCCUUUUCUCUGGGUCUGGAAUGCCCCAACUGAGUCUUGUCUCACCAAGUUUAAUGAGCCAUUAGAUCUUAGUUUGUUCUCUUUAGUAGGAAGCCCCAGAAAAACUGCCACGGGUCAGCCUGUCACAAUAUUUUACACUGAUCGACUUGGCCUCUAUCCUCAUAUAGACGACUCGCAAAAAAGUCUUCAUGGGGGAAUACCCCAGUUGGGAUCUCUAAAAGAUCACUUGGAAAAAUCUAAGAAAGACAUCCAGCGUUACAUGCCAAUAGACAAUUUGGGCUUGGCUAUUAUAGAUUGGGAAGACUGGAGGCCCACGUGGUCAAGAAACUGGAAACCCAAGGAUAUUUACAAGAAUAAGUCUAUUGAAUUGAUCCAGCAAGAACAUAGACAACUUAAUUUAACAGAAAUCACCAACAGGGCCAGAAAAGAAUUUGAACAGGCAGCAAGAAGCUUUAUGGAACAGACUUUAAAAUUGGGGAAAUCACUUCGGCCAAAUCACUUAUGGGGUUUUUAUCUUUUUCCUGAUUGCUAUAACAAUAAAUUUGAAGACCCCAAUUACAAUGGAAAUUGCCCUGAUAUAGAAAAGAAAAGAAAUGAUGAACUCUCCUGGAUCUGGAAGGAAAGCACAGCCCUUUACCCAUCUAUAUAUUUGAGGAGUAAUUUGAAGUCGUCUCUAAAUGCAGCACUCUAUGUCAGAAAUCGUGUGCAAGAGGCCAUUAGGGUGUCUAAAACCAAGGACCCUCAGAAUCCAGUUCCUAUUUUUGUAUAUACUCGCAUUGUGUUUGCUGAUCAAAUUUACCAGUACCUGAAUGAGAAUGACCUUGUGAAUACAAUUGGUGAAACAGUUGCCUUGGGUGCCUCUGGAAUGGUAAUGUGGGGAACUCUUAGUCUAGCACGAAGCAUGAAAUCUUGUCUGAACUUACAUGAUUACAUGGAGACCACACUGAAUCCCUACUUAAUCAAUGUCACCCUGGCAGCCAAAAUGUGCAGUCAAACACUUUGCCAGGAUCAAGGCGUAUGUUCGAGGAAAGACUGGGAUUCAGAUGACUACCUUCACUUGAGCCCCCAAAAUUUUCAGAUUCAAGUUUUGAAAAACGGAAAGUAUGUAAUCCUUGGCAGUCCCACCCUUGAUGACCUACAGUACUUUUCCAAAAACUUUCAUUGCAGUUGUUACGCCAACUUGAACUGUAAGGCACGAGAUGAUCUAGAAUCAGUGAGCUCUGUCAGCGUGUGUAUCAUUGAAGACAUUUGCAUUAAUUCCUUUGUCAUGGGAGAACCCAGUGCUCUGCUUACCAACUAG